CGGUGUUGUGGCUGUGGGUGUCCCCGCCGUCAUGGCGGCUCCCGGUGCGGUGCCGGCGUUGCCGCGCGUGUCCCGCCAGGCCUGGGAGCCCGUGUUGGCCCGAGCGCGCCGUGCCGUCGUUUUCCUGGACGCGGCGGCGGCCGAGGCGCUGCACUGGGCUGCCGGCGGUGCGGGCGAGCUGCUGGCGGCGGGGGCUCUGGCCGUCAGGCCGCUGCUCGCUGACCAUGUUCCGGCGGGGGCCGAGCGCGCCGUGUUCGUGCUGAGCGGGCCGCUGCGGGGCGGGGCGGCCGCCGCCGUGCGCGCCGUGCUGGGAGCGGGCGGAGUGCGGAGCUGCGCGCUGCUGUGCGGGGAGCCGGAGGGCGGCGGGCACGGAGAGACGGAGGAAACGCUGCGCCGCUGGAUGGGCGAGAGCGGCCGGGCCGAGGUGCUGCCGCGGGGGCCGCCGCUCCUCGCCCCGCUGUCGGCCGAGCUCGGCCUCCUGCCCGCCCUGGCCGGCCUCGUCCCGCCCCCCGGCUGCCCUCGGCCCGGCGGCCCCGCGGAACCGGGGCUGGGCGCGCUGCCCGCCGCGCUGCGGGACGCCGUGCGGGGCGUGGUGGCUGAACUCGACGCCCUGUUCGGCGCCAUGGGGCUGCGCGAGGAAUGCUUCGCCGUGGGUCCCUUCAGCAGGGUGCUGGCCGCAGAGCUGGCCGCUUUCACCCCGGCCAGGAACAGGAGGAGGGCGGCUGCCAACAGGGCCUCCGUCGUGUUCGUGGACAGAACGCUGGACCUCGCCGGAGCAGUUGGUCAUCAUGGUGACAGUCUUGCAGAGAAGAUACUUGCUGUGCUUCCCAAGCUUCCUGGCCACAAGACGGAUGUGAUGGUUAAUAUGGUGGAACUUACUGCGCUGCAGACUCCAGACGACGCUUGCAGUAUUAUAGCACCUGGCUGCUUAGCACAACCAAACAGUCCAGCUGCCAAAGCUCUCUGGGAGUCCUUCAUGAACCUCAAACAGAAGGAAGCUGUGAUGGAGGCCAGGAGACACCUGGUGGAGGCCGCAAGCAGAGAAAAUUUACCCAUUAAAAUGAGCAUGGGUAGAGUCACCCCAGAACAGCUCAGCUCCUAUGUACAACUUUUCAAAAAUAAUUUCAAAGCUUUGGAGAAUCAUUGUGGUCUUCUACAGCUUGUCCUGGCUGCAGUUCAGACUUUGAAACACCCUCAGAUUUCCAAAUGGGACAACUUCCUAGCCUUUGAGAGAUUACUUCUGCAGACUAUUGGAGAGUCAGAAAUGCCCAGCGUGUUGAACCAGUUACUGCCAAUGAUCAAGUCUUACAGUGAGAGGACGAAAGAUGAUUAUACCUGUGAGGACUUCUUGAUCUUGUUGGUGUACAUGUAUUCUGUGGUUGGAGAGAUCAAAAAUGGAGAAGAGCUGGACAAAGCUGAGGAAGAAGUGAAGAAGGCUCUAGUCAAGGCAAUUUGUGAUGAACCAGAGCUGUCUCCCUUGUUGCAGAAAAUAACAGGCUGUAACUCGGCACUGAACCUAACAUCCCAGAAAGCCACAGAUGCAGCAGACAAUAUCUUUAAGUUGCUCAGGGAUAUUGCGAGAGCUCGAAUGCAUAUGAAGCAGUUUAAUUCUGUACAUAAUCCGGGCAGCAACACCAACCAGGCUUCUUACAAACCGCUGCUGAAACAGGUGGUGGAAGAGAUCUGCAGUGCUGAUCGACCUGAUUGUGAUGAUAUUGAGCAUAUGUCAUCAGGCCUCACUGAUCUACUAAAAACUGGAUUCAGCAUGUUCAUGAAGGUGAAUCGCCCUCACCCCGGUGACCAUCCUCUUCUGAUCAUCUUUAUGGUUGGUGGUGUGACAGUGUCUGAGGUCAAAAUGGUGAAGGAUCUGGUAGCAACACGCAAACCUAGUACUCAGGUAAUUGUGCUCUCCUCAGCACUCCUGACCCCACAAGGUGCUAUUGAGCAGUUGUUCGCAGCUGAUCAUCCCCAACUUGACCCUGAUAUCUGACAUGGAAGGAUCUGUGGAGAAGAUGGAUGGCGGUCUGGCUGGAAGCAUCAAGUCCCUGGUUUAUCACUGCUCCCAUCAACCCUCAGAAAAGCAGCAUGUCCCCUACUGUGCAGCUGGGUACCUGGCUGCAAGGGAACUGUGUAGCUCACAGGAGGCUCCUAAAGCUGGUCCAUUUGUCCUGUGCCUCCCUCAUCUCAAGGGUCACACAGCGUGGUGCUGAAUCACCCCCUGCACUCGGCACCGCAAGGAUGAUUGCUUGUAAUGACUCCCUAGAAAAGAAGCAGCUGAGGACCAGGUGGGCUGAAUGUGCACUCUCUGAGCAGCACUUUCACCUGCAAGUAAUGCCAAGUGUUUUUUCUGGGGUUGAUUUUGCUGGGAAAUGCUGCUGAGGGGGGAAAAGGGCAGCAAAAUCCAUCUCUGUGCCAUACUACCUUGCAAAAGAUGUGUGCCUUAUAUAGUACUAACAGCCUCUGCUCAUUACACAGAGGGAGACCAUGGGGCAGAACAGCAGGAUGGAGGGCUGAGUUACAUGGUUGUUUCUCUCACAGGUUUCCAUUUCCUGUUCUAGUUUCUCCACCCACAGUCCCAGGAGAAAAGGCUGUUUCUGAUGGCACACUUCCCUGCAGUUUAACACAAGGAGGACAUAUGGGCUGUGAUGGGGUGAUGGUAACCUUGGAAGAAUCCUCCCCUCACAUGCAUUUAAAAUAGAGGGGGAAAAAAAGCAUGUUCCCAUUUUCAAGAGGCCACUGUGACAUGUUCUUUUUUGAGCUAGAUUUCCGAACGGCAUGAUUAGACAGCAGCUUUUAUGUUUCAUUUAUGAUAAUGAAAGAGCUGCUAUCACAUUGUUAUGUAAUUUGUCAUUAUAAAAAAUGGAUAUAAUCUUAGAUAAAACAGCAUUAGCCGAUAGAGAUUGUGAUUGUGCAUAGCACAAAGAGUUCCAAAUUGCACCAUAAAAUGGUGGAGCUGUGAAGCUGCAUCCUCUUGAUUCAUCUGAGAAAGGCUACGGCUCACGCUAAGAAUGAGAAUGUCAAAUGGUGUAUGAAGUUUGCUUGAACACUGCAUUCUUUCUGAAGCCAAAGGAAUAACUUAGAUAGCUCUUUAACCUUUGUUUAGUAGCCUGCUUAAGUUCUCUUAAAUGUUUAUAAUGGUCUCUAGAAAAGGCUGCGUUUUGGUUUAAAUUCACUUUUGAGUGGCUAGAAGGGGACAAAGGACCAGUUAUAAAGUGCGGACAAUGUUGCCUCUAUGAAAGAACAGUUUAUAAGAAUGACUUCAGAAUGGAACUUUGCACUGUAAAAAAAUGAGAAAUAUUAUGAGAUGGCAACGUUAGAAGCUCAAGAAAUAUUUUGAGCAGAGCAGCUUGAGAGCAAACAGCCUUUCUCUGAAUUUCCUUUUCUUUCUGUAUCAUUUAAUCUUAGAAUAUAGAUGUUUUGUAAAUUGUGUAAUCAAUAAAGCAAUGCUUUUACAAUGCUCA